AUGCGUAAUGUAUUAAAAGAUUGGCCUUUUGAUAAUAUUUGUUGUGCACAUAUGGGUGUUAAAAUGGGUGGAGCACAUGCUGAUGUAUCUGCAUUACUCGAACGAGCUGAACCUUUAUUUGAUAAAAUUAGUGCAAAAAAUAAGAAGAAGAAUCCUAGUGGAGAAUUACCACCUGGAAAUCAUCCAAAUAUGAAUGUUAGUGGUGAUGAAUGUGGAUAA